AUGCGGACUCUUAAAGACGGAGGAGCAGAUCGGACUGGUCUGCAGGUGUCAACAACACGCGUAGAACUCGGGCGCGUUAUUCAAUUUCAGCUUCAAAAAAUCUACUUCCUUCUCCCACCCCUGGAGACCUUCGUCCAGAUCCAGGCAUUACCGUUGCCUGGCAUCACCCUCACAUCACUCCUGCUUUACCUCCUUCUCACACCACUGGAGACCUUCAUCCAGAUCCAGGCAUCACCACCGCUCGGCACCACCACUGCUCGGCAUCACCAUCACAUCACUCCUGCAUGUUCUUACGAAGUCUCGCUACUGCCACCUGACACGAUUCCAGACAUGCCUCGUCAGAGCGAAGACGACUCGGGCGACGAGUACAUGCCAUCGUCAGAUCCCUCCGACUCUCCCUCUCAACCAUCCGAGGAUCGUAAUGAAUCCUCCAGUCCAGCUCAUGUCGAAUCAAAAGAUGAUGCUCUAUAUGAGAUCAGCGAAGGCCGCGAAUCUCAGCUCACCCCAGAGAAAGACUUGAGCGGCCAGCGACGUCGGUCGAAGGGUAUCCGAGCUAGACCUCAGAAGCCAUACCCAGAUUUGCCAACGAGCAAGCAUUUGCCGGAGAAUGUGCCCACCGAAGUCCUCGAGCCGCUCGAAGCCUCCGAUGUGUUCGCCGAUUAUGACCGAGAGAUGCUCCAACGGACCAUUUCGGUACUUCAGGGUCUCCGCUUCGUUUCUCGGGACGUCACCAUUCCCGACCCUACAUUUCCACCAGAACUAGCCGACCUUCUCACCGUUGUGACGUGGAAGGCGAGGACGACCGUUUUCUUGGUUCUGACAACUCGCCUGUCGGUUCGAUUCUUGACGAACUAUUUCAACACGGAGACUGGCAAAGUUGAUGCAUUCAAAGCAGCCAUUGGAACAAGUCUCGCGCAGCCAGAUCAUUCAGCGUUCAGCAAAGUGGUCUUGCCAUCUUUUGACGAUGUGCACCUUUGUCGACAGACAGCCAAGGGCGGCUUGAAGCGUGCUUUCACCCUUUUCCUGGAGUUAAUAUUCCAGAGCUGUGUUACCCGUUGCACCAUCUUCGUGGAUGGCUUCUCGACCAGUGCUGAGAAGAUCGCAUGGCACCAGGAAUACCGGGAAUUUCUUGGUCUUCCUCUGGUUGUACACUGGUAUCACCCACUCUGCAUUGCAAUUGGACAUAAGCUCCAUGGACAUUCUAUGCAAACCGGCUGGUCUGUAGAUGCCACGACUCUUGCAGGUCGCGAUAACUCGCGGAACAACGUACUCAUCGAGGCUCGCAUCUCCAACUGGUUGAAGUCUAACUUUCCCUCCAAGUCCUAUGGAUGGCUCAAAGAGCUGCCGAUGGAAUGGCUGAAUGUCCCCGAGAAUGACGUCGACUUGGCCAACGCAUUGACUGAGUUUGGACUUGAGGCUGAGACCGAGGAGGUGGAGCUCGACGCCGAGGGAUUUGAUGCAUCCUCAAAGCGCUCUCGACUAUUCACGUCGCGACCAGCCCUGUCCUGUCGAAACGUGCCGGACCCAGGCGCUGUCAAUGAAUUAAAGGCUCUCAUGCAUGCAGUGGAGGAUACGGUUACUCGUUUGGGUGUUGGUUUCUUCGAAGUGCCCAACAUCAAUUCGGUGCUGAACCGCAUGCGAUCUGCCGUAUACCGCGGCGCGGAGGAUGAGUUUAGGGUUGCUGAGGAGCAGCUCUGGGAGGUUAUCUACGGAGAGGAGCAGCCUAAGGAUUGA